AUGGAGGUCGCAGUGGGGGAACAUCCAAAGCACAAGUUCUCGCAGGAUCAGUUCAACCGCGUUGUCCAGGAGCUGCGUCAGCUUAUCAAGUUGCCUCGUGUCGGAGCAGUCGGCGAGAUUGGGUUGGACCAUUCCGUCCCUAGGGAGCAGUGGGCUCAGCAGUCAGUUAUGCUGGAGAAGAUUUUGCAACUUGUGGAACCUGGGCAUGUCUUGGUACUACACUUGGAGAUUCCUACGUCCGUGACCAGUGCCUUCUCACAGCUGUACUUCGGAUUCACCAGUAUGGCUGCUAAGUUCAACAACCAGCAGUCCCAAGCCGCAAGGGGAAUCAACCCUGAGAGAGUAUUUUUAGAGACAGACGCUCCAUAUUUUGCCAGAUUCGGAACCAGCUAUUCCGGACCGCAUCGCAUCCAGCAUUUUUUGGUUUUUUGUUACAUCAAGAUGAACCCGGAAUCACUGCUGGCUACAUCUGUCCAAAACGCCCGACGACUGUAUCGACGCUUGUAG